AUGUCUGUUCAAUCGGUAAUUGCUUCGCUCUCCUUGGAGGAAAAGGUUUCCCUAUUGGCGGGUCAGUCUUAUUGGCGGACCGCAAGCUUGCCUCAACAUGGCAUCAAUGCGAUCAAGUAUAGCGAUGGACCAAACGGUGUUCGUGGAGAAUCCAUCCAUGCAUCAACAAAAGCUACUUGUUUCCCGUGCGCGGCCUGUGUCGGUUCAACAUUCAAUCCCGAAUUAGCGUUGAGAAUGGGCCGAGUUAUCGGCAAAGAAUGCAAAGCAAAGAAUGUCGGUCUUUUGCUCGGGCCGACAGUGAACUUGCACCGGUCCCCGCUAGGUGGUCGGAACUUCGAAUCGUAUUCUGAAGAUCCAACAUUAUCAGGCAUAUUAGGAGCCGAGUUUGUAAAUGGAGUCCAAUCGGAGGGAGUCUCAGCCUGCCCGAAGCAUUUCGUAGGAAAUGAGUGCGAGACUAAUCGGAAAACAUCGAAUACAAUUGUGGAUGAAAAGACGCUUCGCGAACUUUAUGCAUUCGCGUUUCAGAUUCUUCUGAAAAACUGCAAUCCUUGGUCUAUAAUGACUUCGUACAACCUUGUCAAUGGCAUCUUCAUGUCAGAAAACACAAGCCUGUUGCAAGACGUACUACGCAAAGAGUGGGGGUUUCAAGGAGCAAUCGUUUCCGAUUUUGAGGGUAUUUAUUCAACUGUUCCUUCGGUCCGUGCGGGAGUCGCUCUCGAACUUCCGGGUCCUGCCCGGUUCCGUGGGCAUCACCUUCUCGAGGCUGUCAAAGAGGGCAAAAUUACCGAGAGGCACAUUGAUUCUUUGGCGGCAGAUGUCAUCAACCUCGCAUCAAAGAUUGGGGUGCAAGAUGAUGGUAGACCAGAGCAAGACAUCCCUAAAAGUGAAAGUACUUCCGCACUUUUACGGGAAAUUGCAGGGGAAGGCAUCGUUCUACUCAAAAACAAGGAUAACACCUUGCCCCUGUCACCAUCAAAUAACCUCAAAAUUGUCGUGUUUGGCUCACCGGCCACCAUGCCUAUCAUCCACGGCGGCGGAAGUGCAUCACUUACGCCUUCAUACAUUGUCUCGCCCCUUGAAGCACUUGGAAGGAAAUUCGGCAGUGAUCGCAUUCACUACCAUCCCGGGGUGCCAGUAUUCAAAAAAAUCCCUUCUGCUCCGCUCUCUGUUAUAACAACAAAGAGUGAUGGCCGGCCUGGUCUUAACUGCUAUUGGUACAAUGGAUGGGUGUUUGGAGAGAAUCACGUUCACCAAGAAAUUCUGGAAUCGACACAAACCCUAGUGAUUGAUGCCCGUAUCGCAGGUCUUGAACCCAAACACUGCAAUCGCAUGGAAUUUAUUUUGCGACCGAAAACAUCUGGCACCCAUGUCUUCGGAGUGACUGCAUGUGGAAAGUGCAUCCUACGGGUAGAUGACAACGUCAUCUUACAGCAUGAGGGAUUCGAUGACUGCCGAGUGGAAUAUGUUAUGCAGCCUGGUCUUUUUGAAGUUCGGGCCAGUCUUGAAAUGGAAGCCCAUUGUGAGUAUCAUGUCACAGUGGACACACUUUCAACAACAGCACCGCUUCCAUCUCCGAUUUUCAAGAUAACGCCCCAAGCUACCCGGGUUGGCUUUUACGAAAAUCUCUACAAUACCAUUGGUGAUGACUUGCUCAAACUAGCUACGGAUAGUGACGUCUCUAUCAUAUUCACGGCAAACAACAAAGAAUAUGAAUCGGAAUCAUUCGAUCGUUCCGAGUUAACAUUGUCACCUCUACAAAAUGAGUUUAUUGAUAAGGUAUCUGCCGUAGCGCCGAAGUCUAUCUUGGUCAACCAAACUGGAUCCCCGAUAUCCAUGCCUUGGAUUGAAAAUGUCGAUGCCAUCCUACAAUCCUGGUAUGGGGGUCAAGAGACUGGCAAUGCACUGGUGGACAUCAUCAGCGGCGAUGUAAACCCUUCAGGCAAGCUUCCGGUCACAUUUCCAAGAUGCAUCGAAGACACUCCGUCAUUUGGGAACUUUCCUACCGACAAUAAUAUGGAAAUUCGCUAUGAAGAGAAGCUUGACGUGGGAUACCGUGCUCGAAGCAAGCCUCCUCCGCUGUUUCCUUUUGGCUUUGGGCUGUCCUAUACAAACUUUCAGUUCUCUGCGCUUUCUAUUGUGCAUGUACCUUCAAAAUCGGCUGUGGAAUUGAUUGUCCGAACUACCGUCACGAAUUUAGGAUCCGUCCCUGGUAAAGAGGUUAUACAGAUAUAUGUCGACGGAGUCUUAAAAGGCUGGGAAAAGGUAAUGCUCAGGCCCGGAGAGAAUAAGCGAGUGAAUAUUGCGUUGGAUAAAUACGCUUUCAGUGAGUGGAAUCCAGACAAGCGCUCAUGGAUUGUUGCCAAGCGAAAAUUCGAGGUUGAGCUACGACAAGAUGCCAAUACCGUGAUCUCUUCGGUGAUGCAUGAGGUCAACAAUGCUAUCCUUUGGAGUGGACUUUAA